UCUGAUGAAUCAUAAAGCGAUUAAAAUCUUUAGAAAGAAGCUCGAGGAGGAGCCUUGUAAACCUAUGAACACCAAGGAGGUUAUGAUCCAAAAAAGUUUCGACAAGAAUAUCGGGUCGAUCACUACUUAUUAUACGAUCAUGGUGGAGUUUACAGUAUUUUGUAUGAUUGUAUCUUCAUUGGUAACCGACUUCAGAAACCAGAGAUUGGCGUACGAAGCUUGGCUACCUUUCAACUGCUCUGCACCAAAUUAUUAUUAUUAUUAUAUCGCGUACGUUCAUCAGAUCAUCGCUCUGAUUGGUACUUCGCUUUUAAACGUGGCCUGUGACGUGACCAUUUGCGGAUUGUUCGUCCAUAUGUACAGCCAGCAAGAAAUAUUGAAGCAUAGAUUGAAGGAAAGCGUAAAUGUUGGAAAUAGAUUGAAUAUUGGAAAGAUCGUACAUUUUCACAAUUAUCUAUACGGGUUUGUUCAGUUUUGUGUUCAGUCUAAAUGUCUGGAAGAAAAAAAUCGAAUCUUCGAACGAACGUGUAGAUACGCUUUUAUGGUACAGGAGAAGUUCAAGAAAAUAAUAGGUAUUCAACUUUUAUCGAGUACUCUGGUAGUGUGCUUUAUUCUUUACGAAUUGGCAAACACACCAUUGAUCAGCUCUAAAUUUCUGGAAUUCGUCCUAUAUUUGGCGUGCAUGAUGACACAGAUCUUCGUUUAUUGCUGGUACGGAAAUCAGCUCAAAUUAAAGAGUACCGAGAUUGUGGACACGAUUUUCGAAUUAGAUUGGAUCUCCCUUGACAAUAGAAGCAAGAAAGAUUUGAUAAAUAUAAUGAGAAGAGCGAUGAAUCCGAUCGAGUUGACCUGCGCAUACAUCUUUACGAUGGAUUUGAGAACUUUCGUGAGCAUAUUGAAAAUGUCAUAUUCGACGUACAAUUUCCUUCAGAGAACGAAGGAAUCGUAAGUUACAAUGUUUCGAUUAAUCUUUGCGAUUAAUCAAAGAUUAAUCUAAUUCGUAAAUAACUUGAUAUGAAAAUUUUCAAGAUCAAGAAUUUUUUCUAAU